AACGGAGGAGGAGGCCAGCUCAAGUGAGUGAGUGAGAGAGGGGAACUGAGCUGAGCUCUGCCUCGGUUCCCCCUUCCCAGUGUUGUGGUGUAUGUGUGUGUGUGAUGUGUUGGAGAAUUGAUCAUAUUCGAGGGAGAGGACGGGCUGCUGCAGGAUUCCGUUGUGGGCAUUCUUUCUGACACUGUUCCGACAGGAUGACGCAGUUGCUGCGCGUUGGAUUCGGCUUGAAAGGGUGCGAGCGGACGGACUUGGGGACCUUUCACGCGCAGAGGGCGCUGGGCGGACGAGGCCGGGCGCAGACGUGCAGAGUGGAGGCAUUCUUUGGAAUUGGAACUGGAGGAGGAGGGUCGGGGCAGGGCAAGGCGGCAGGGAAAGGGUGCGGUAAGUGCAAAGGGAAAGGGGGCGUGGAAUGUCAGGGUUGCAAAGGGACUGGGAAGAACAAGAAGAACGGCAACAUGUUUGAGCGUUGGAAGUGCUUCGAUUGCCAGGGAUUCGGCCUCGUGAAGUGCCCCAAUUGUGGGGCAGGCGGCCUCACCCCUGAGCAACGCGGAGAGCGUUGAAUCUUACGCUCGGCUCAACUCAGACUAGCUGGUCUGGUCGUUUCUUGUGUGGUGGAAGCAUUAGCGAAUGCACAUACCAGAUUUAUAGGCUUUCUAGCUGCUGUGUGGCGAUGUAUAAUAUUCUUCUGUGGCUUCAAUUUCUAGCAGAUUUCGGUCAUUGAUAACAAGCUAUGAUUUCAGUCUUCGAACUCUUGCCACUGCUGAGUUUGGCCUAUGCUGUUGCCAUUGGUGACAUCCAAUUUUCGUCCAGACAAGUUUUGGCUUUGUAGUUUUACCAACAUUUUGCAGUGUACACCGACCAAUCUCUUGCAGUUUGGUACAAGGAGAGGGCUUUGUCGAUUCUGCUCACCCCAUGAGAUGAGUUGCUUCACACAAA